ACUUUCGCUGGUUGGCAGAGUCUUACAGUCAUGUCUGCUGCUGCCGCCGCUGCCAAGUUCCGCCUGCGCACUCCCACCCUCGGCGAGAUCGCCCAGCCCAUCGGCCCCUUCGUUGUUGGCUUUGGUGUUGUCGGUGCCAUCAUCCUCAACCUCCCCUGGCCCGCUGCCUCCCAGUACUACAAGUCGCCCUACAAGGCCGCUCGUGACAACCUCCGGCCCGAGCAUUAAUGAAUAGCGUGGACUGUACAAAGCGCAGGACUCUUUAGUGCCGUGCUUCAGCUUUGUAGUGUGUAGCCUAUUCAAUCCAAUGUAGCUAUUUCUUUUUUUCUUUUUUUCUCUCUCUCUCCCUC